AUGGGGAGGUCGGGGUCCCCGCCUCCCGCGCCGCCCGAGACCCCUGCGACCUCCCCUCCGCCUCCUCCAGCGACUGCUGCGACCGACCUUCCCAGAAGGCGCCCCACGAGGCGGGACUGGGCCCGGAUGCGGGAGAAGAUGCUGGCCCGCGGGGUCAGGCGCGCAGGUGGUGGAAGGCGCAGUCGCUGUCGCCCGCCUGCCCUGCAGGGGCGGGGACGGAACCGGCCCGCGAGGCAGUGCGGCCGCCGGGCCUCGGGCUGGCGCCUCUCGGGACCACUGCAGUGCUGGACCCGGGGUCAGAUUACAGGAUCCCAGCGCCUCCUCCAGCAGGGGCAGCCCCGGGUGCAGCCAGUGCAGGACAGGUCCUCGCCCGGAGAUGGAGGGAACCCAGGCAAGUUUGGGGGGAUGGAAAUCGCGGUCAAGGUCGGCCGGAUCCAUAUCUCCCAUCCUCAUCCCCAUUCCCUCCCCGCCUCCCGCCCAGAGGACCCGGCUCGGCAAGGGAACCGGGGCUCGGCCGCCCGGGAGAUCCGGCGACGAGGUGGGGCGGGGGGUGCAGGGGGGCGCUUGGUAGUGAUCUACGGGCGCUCGGACUCCAGGAGCUGGGUCGCCAGUGCUUGCCCCCGGGUUCGGGCGUGGGUCUUGGGCAAACCGGAGGGGCCUCCGGCGCCCAGGUUGGAUCAGUUCCGAGCGGCCGUCGCCGCCGAGGAGGGUCGGGGGAGGCGCGACUUGCUGACAAACGUGGCCGUCAACACCUCGGGCUUCCCCGGCGAGUUGUUUCAACAGGCUGGGAGAGAUCGGUACUUUGAGUGGCAGGCGACGCCUUUCCUCACUCCCGGUAUUUGUGGUGUACCGACAGCACUUCGGAGAGCUUAG